UUAAGCAAGGGUACUGGCGGCGCGCGCUCAGUCAGCUGACGACCGUCGAAUCGUUCGCACGUACAUUUAUCUCAGGCGGAUUCGCGCAGUGACCGCACUUGUGCUAAAUCGUGGUUAAUAUUUGAAGAUAAAUCUAAAUUACAAUGGCCACAUACGCCCAAUUCAAGCAUGUCGAGCUCUACAAGAUUGGUCAUGGAAAGAACAGAGUUCCAAAUGCUCCCAAGAGCUGCAUCGGAGAAAUAUUCAACGCUGAUAGCACAGACGGCGGCAGUCCCAUAAAGAAUGGCUCAAGCCGUCCUCGCGUCGUUAGGGACACCCCUACCCGCCCGAGAGACACACAUUCAAGACUUUUUGGACAAAACUCGACAAACUCGCCAAUGAUAACCGAUACAAUCCGAAGCCACAUCCAGUUCGGUGACAGCGAAAUGAAUGGCAGUCCAGCGCACUCGCCCAAGAUCAACGGCAGUGCGAACUCCACGCCCAGCCGAGAAGGCAACCCGAUCACUGGCGACGGCUACAAGUCUCUGAAUGGUCAAAUCAACACUGUCACGUCUAUAAAUGGCCACAGCAGCAUUCUUCACAAUCGCGUUCCUCCCGGCGGAUUUUCUUCAGGACUCUGGUAGACUACUGACACCGAAACGAAUCACAGCGGCCAAAAACAAAAUCAACAGCCGCAUUUCCAACUGGCCGUUGAUAACUUUGUCACGCGAUUCUUGUUUAGAAUAAUCGUUAUUACUUAUGAAUGAAAUUGAUUUCUCAAAUAUCCUAAAGUCUUUCUUCAACUUUAAAAACAAAAUAGUUACACGUAGUGGACCAUAUUAUUAGAUAUUUGAAAAAAAUUCGAGAUUAUUCUAACAAAAAUCGCAUUUUCACUGAAAGUAAAAAAUAAGUUGUUUGGUUUGCGGUUCAAAACGACGCAUUUAUUUCGCUGAUGAAAUGUCAUAAUUUUUUUUUUAUUACUAAAUCAUGUAGAGUUUGAGAUGUUAAGUAACUUGCACACAAAUCUACGUCCACUAAAUUGAAAGGGUAUAUGUUGUUCAUAAAAUCCUUAGCCUGUCGCAGUAACAUUUUAUUCAAAUAAUUUAGCAUAGAUUAUAGAUAUUUUUAUAAUAGUAACAUUUCGAUAGAUAUUAAAAUCAUAAAUUCCUAGUGCGGAAAUUUGAAUUUUUGACUAUGUUAAUUCUUUGAGGCUUAAAAUAUAUAAGCACUACGGCAUCGACGGUUUUGGUCGAAAAUUCAAAUGUCCCCGCUAUAAUAAUUGUAAGGUCGUUAAAAUUGUAAUCUAUCACUUGCAAGCGCAUGUUACGCAAAUAUUGAAAAUAAGGAGUGGGGAUACGUAUCAGCAAUAUACCAAAAUGAAUAGUGCCUUGAUUGGUUAUGAAGUGAAAAAUUCUUAAAGAAUCAGAAAAGUUUGAAUAGAUGUUUGUGUAAAUGAAAAGAAAGUGAUUAUAUUCUCUAUAUUUCACAGUAUAGAAAUAGUAAUCAUGCGGCACUCGGGCUAAUUGAUAUACAUAAUAUUAAAUUAACUUAUAUAUUAUUCGACACUAUUUAAGGAUCUUAAUCUCGUUUGUUGAAUUUCAUUAUCGUAAUUUAAAAAUAGAUGGAUAGAGUGCAUUUAUUUUGUCUGUUUAUACAUUUUUUAGUUUAUUUUCUACUCGUUUAGAUUUAAAUUUAAACGUAUUUGAAUCUUGGUCGAUUAUCUGUUAACAGUUUUAGCGAAACAUUGUUUAUGGUCUACGUGUUCGUUUGCGUUUGAAGAUUAUUCAAUUUUUGAAAUUUAACGAACGUUUAGAACUAGCAUAUCAUCUUUGUAAAAAUGUUUACUAAUUGUAACACUUAAGUCGCUGACACCUGGCCUAAAUUAACAUGUUAAUAGAUAAUAACCACUAUUUCAAAAUAAAGUUUUUUUUUAAUUAUU